AUGAAAUGGGAGAACAUAAUGGAAGUUAUUAGAAAUCAAGAGUUUUUACUACUGCCGGCUGAGGAACUACAUAAACUUCUUGCCAGUGAUGAUGUGAAUGUUCCUGAUGAAGAGACUAUUUUCCAUGCCUUAAUGAUGUGGGUUAAAUAUGACAUGCCGAGGAGAUGUAGUGACCUCAGUAUGCUGCUUGCCUAUAUCAGACUACCACUGCUUCCACCACAGAUAUUGGCUGACCUAGAAAAUCAUGCACUUUUUAAGGACGACUUGGAAUGUCAGAAGCUAAUUCUGGAAGCUAUGAAAUACCAUCUUUUACCAGAAAGAAGAACUCUGAUGCAAAGUCCAAGGACUAAACCUAGAAAAUCUACAGUUGGAACGCUGUAUGCUGUUGGAGGAAUGGACAACAACAAAGGUGCCACAACAAUAGAGAAGUAUGAUCUCAGGACAAAUAUAUGGAUCCAGGCUGGAGUGAUGAAUGGCAGGAGGCUGCAGUUUGGUGUGGCUGUCAUUGAUGACAAACUCUUUGUUAUUGGAGGCCGGGAUGGUUUAAAGACAUUAAACACUGUUGAAUGUUACAAUCCAAAAACUAAGGCUUGGACUGUCUUACCCCCAAUGUCAACACAUAGGCAUGGUUUAGGUGUUACAGUACUUGAAGGGCCUAUUUAUGCAGUGGGUGGCCAUGAUGGCUGGAGCUAUUUGAACACGGUUGAGAGGUGGGAUCCACAAAGUCAGCAGUGGACAUUUGUGGCAAGUAUGUCAAUUGCCAGAAGCACUGUUGGAGUGGCAGCAUUAAAUGGCAAGUUAUAUUCAGUGGGAGGUCGUGAUGGAAGUUCUUGUUUGAGUUCAAUGGAGUAUUAUGAUCCUCACACAAAUAAAUGGAAUAUGUGUGCUCCGAUGUGUAAGAGAAGAGGAGGUGUAGGUGUGGCCACAUGUGAUGGCUUUCUCUAUGCAGUUGGAGGCCAUGAUGCUCCUGCUUCUAACCACUGUUCCCGACUGCUGGACUAUGUAGAAAGAUAUGAUCCAAAAACUGAUACUUGGACAAUGGUGGCUCCAUUGAGUAUGCCUCGAGAUGCAGUUGGUGUCUGUCUUCUUGGUGAUAAAUUGUAUGCAGUGGGUGGAUAUGAUGGCCAAACAUACCUGAACACUAUGGAAGCAUAUGACCCUCAAACUAAUGAAUGGACGCUGAUGGCUUCCCUAAAUAUUGGAAGAGCUGGUGCCUGCAUCGUAGUCAUCAAGCAGCCGUGACUUUGUCAGCACUGCUUUGGAUUUUACUGACUGUGAAAUGUUUAUUUUUC